AUGCCUGUGCAAUUACUGCCCGCGUCAGCGGCAGCCUUCGCGCCCCGAUCUGGACCCGAAAUCGUGCUGAACACAAAGGUGGAGCCUUGGUUAACACAAACGUUGAAGCGCAUCAACCGAAUCAAGCGACCACUCAACAGUGUCCCACAACACUUUCGAUGUCUGACAGAAACACUCGGUGGAUCUUCUGCUAUCUGGACCCUGGCCUCACUCAUGCUGCCAAAGGCGCCCGAUACUGAAUUGCGCAAAGACGACAACCCACUUGUGGAAGCACUCUUCAAUUUCCAGCUUGUACACAUCGAGGCCUAUGUGGUGCACGUCGACAUGGUCUCCCAACACGAAGUCGCUUUCAAGCUGACACCCGAGACGAUCGAGUCAUUGGUGGAGUAUCACAAGGACAUCUACUCGGUCGACUCAUCAGCGAGCACGUGGAGCUGGCCCGAGAAGGAAGCGCAGAUCAAGAAGAUGCAAGAAGAGUUCGUGCAAGCCGCGAAUAAGUUCGUCUUCCGCACUGGGGCCCGCGCGUUGGAAGGCAUGGAGGAGGAUGGCGCCGGCGAGCUGCUCGAUGGCCGCUCCGCCGAAGUGAAGAACCAGAUCAUGAACAUGUUCGCUCCACUUCUGCCUCCUCCACCACGGAUAGUCGAUGUCAUCCACCCGGCACCAGUCAUGCCAAGUGCACCUGUCGCUGGUGGCUGGUGGGCACCUCAGCAAUUGCAGCUCCAAACACAUCCUACGCCUGUGGAUUCGUGGAAGGUGCUGCCGUCGACCCCAUCGCCUACUGCCACAACAUGCAGCGACAACCAGUCGAACGUGUUCUGGCAGGACAUGUCUAUGAGCAACGUCCAGCUGCCAUCGCCGACGCCAUCAUUCAGCCAGCCGUACACAUCUGCGCCAUCGCAGUACUACAGCUCACCGCAGCCAAUCGCACCAAUUCCAGUGUCGAGCUCAUUUCCUCUACACUGUGGAUCGGACAUUGGCUACGGCUAUGGCGACUUCGGCAUGAGCCACGGGGGCUUCAUGCACACUCAGUAUGCUACCGCCGUGUGA